GCAAAAGUUGAACUUUGUACCCCAAAUCUAGUUUGAUUGACCUUGAUGUGGGCCUUAACCCACAUAAUCUAAGCUCUGUGCCCAAAAGAUAAAACUUUUGUGAUCAGUGUGGGAGGCUUCGUUGUGAAAGAUGGAUCGCGUUCUCUCUCGUAGAAAUUCUUUUAGUGACCAAUCGCACAAGGUCUUCACGCGCGGGACAUUUGAUUAUCUGGAAAAUGAACGCGGUCAGAACCUCUUUUGCAAAUAUUGGCAUUUGGAUGACCCAACAAUUGAGCCCAAGGCGUUGGUGUUCAUAAGCCACGGUUUCUCCGAGCAUCUUGGUCUUUACGAACACGUAGGACGAACAUUGGCUCAAAAUAAUAUCCUGGCAUUCGGUCAUGACCACGUGGGACAUGGCAGGAGUGAGGGGAUUCGGGCUUAUGUGGAGUCUGUGGAUGAAUAUGUCAAUGAUCUGAUGGACCAUUGUAAGAUCGCCAAGAGAGAAUAUGGGAAUGUGCCUCUCUUUCUUUUGGGCCACUCCAUGGGCGGAAUGGUCGUUCUGAGGGCUGGGUUAUUAUAUCCUGGAUUCUUUCGUGGCAUUGUAUUCCAAGGGCCCCUAAUCAUUCCUGGUCCACAACUUGGGCCAAUCGAUUUUCGACUGUCGUGGUGGAAAACGAUCCCUGUGGGCGUGGUUCUUAGACUCAUGGAUUGGGUGGAUCCUGAAAUGAUCUUGGGCGGUGUGGCAAUGAACCUUAUCACUCGCGACGAGGAUAUGAAAAAGAUGCUCAAAGAUGACGGUCUUAGAUGGGAGGGUGGAUGUAAAGUCAGGCUUCUUCGAGCCUUUGUCAAUUGUUUGUACGACAAUUUGGCUCAGCUCCGAAAUUUGACGACGCCCUUCCUCACUCUUCAUGGAGAUCACGACAGUCUUUGUAAUGUUUUGGGAUCGAGGCUAAUGAUCCAAGAAUCAAGAUCGGGCGAUAAAUCUAUAAUCGAAUUCCCUGGAGCCGUUCAUAAUUUGUACAUCGAAAUUCGGGAGGUCCGAGAAAUAGCUCUUAAGCGUACUUGUGAGUGGAUUCUUCAGAGAUCACUGAAGUAGUCACGGUGUCUGAGUUUUAUAUCUUUAUUAAAAACGUGCUUUAAUGUA